AUGCCUUCCGCUGCUGUCCAACCCAAGCAAAUCCUGAAGCGAGCACCGUCACAGAAGGAAUAUGAGUUUCUGCAAGAAUGGGCUCCCGAGACUCUGAAGAACUACGAAGUACCCUCCCAACAGACCGUUUUUCGACCUCCUCAGGCUGCUCCAGUCAGAGAACAGGGAAUACCCACUCAGAGACAUCCUAGAUUGCGCACCUCUUCCUUGUAUGAAGAUUGGAAAGCUCACGCUGCCUCCUCCCAGGGAGAGAACGCGAACAAGGAAUGCACUCCUUCUCCCCACGCCCCGGCACAGAAGGUUGACCAAUUGCCACAUCCUGUGAGCUUGAAGGCUGCUACGGUCGCUGCUGAGAAACCAAUUCAUUGUCUGCAGUCCAAAACAAACGUGAAGGGCUCUCAGCAGGUUUGUUCGAAGAGCAAUACUCUCCAACCUCACCACUACGCUCAAACUACCGUCAGCGCUAGCAAUCGAUUCAACACUGCUCAUGCGGGUGAUAGAAAGUUAUCCAAAUCGAUUGCUGAUCCUGCCAACGUUCCGCACGAAUCACAACAGAACUCAUGUACUAGCUCCUCUAGUUCCACAACACCAGAGGCCUCUAUCUCUGGGCAAAACUCUGAAAGUAGACCCGCUGAGUUUAACGAGCUACACCACCCUCGCAUCUCGAAUUUGUCCGCAGGAAAAGCACCCAAGCCCGUGGAGACAUCCAAGUCUGCGGAAACAUCCAAGCCCAGUGGUGAAAGUCAGCAGAAACAAAACCUCAAUGGUCUGACUACCACCGCAGCACAGACACUCAAGCCUACUGAGCCCAUCAAGAAAGCUGUCGAAAGCAGACAGAAGCUACGGAUUGGGUCUGUUUGCUACACCGCGCCUAAUGGCACGCGUUUUCCUCGUCACAAUGACUUGCUCAAGUGGUCAAUCGGAGUCAAGAAUCAACACAAUGAUCUUGUGAUUUUCCUGCCUGUCUUUGUCGAGAGCCCAUGGAAAGGCCUUAAACCUAUUUUGACCACAUGUGCUUCGCGGUACUGGUAG